GGCGUCCAGCACGUAAGUUGAUCUAGAAAUAUUCAAACGACAGUUGGGUUUUGUGUCUGUCUCUCCACUAAAUCCUCAUUGAUCGAAACGUUCGAUUCCCAUCUAAAAUUUGGUCGAAUAUAAUUGAUUCAUUUGAUUCAUUUAGUACAAGCGCCAUUUCAUCAAGUGUUAAACUGAUUCGUUGCGGAGGAAAAUGGACGAGCGGAAUACUGGAUUAGGUUUCCUCGUUAUUCUGGCCCUGGCUUUAGUCCUACCCGCCACAUCGGAUGUGACGUCAUCUUACGUCACUCUGACCAGAGAUGGCUACCAAAACGUUGUCGUUUCCAUCGAAGAAAACUCCGGAUUUGCCAGCUGCCAGGAGGGACUCGACACCGUCAAGGAAAUGAUUCGAAACACUUCCAAGAGCUUCGCUCAAGCCCUGGAACGGCCGGCUUACUUCGGCAACGUCACCAUCAUCUUUCCCGACUCCUGGGCGGCCGAUCCUCUUUGCAGUUCGCUGCUGACGUCUGCCAAUGUCAGCGACUUGCCGUGGGCCAGGAGUCACCGCGCCGACAUCCGGAUAACGCCCGAUCACCCGGUCUUUGGAUGGCAGCCGCACUCGUUCCAGUACGGCCGCUGCCAACAGUCCGGCCUCCCCAUCAAUGUGCCAUCGUCAUUUGUCACUAGCGACACCGUUUUAUCCAAAGGAAUGAGAAUGGCUCGAGAAUGGGCUCAUUAUCGUUACGGUGUGUUCGACGAGGGCGGAAUGCCAAGCGACCAACGUCACCCGUCCGGUUAUUUGACGUACCAAACAGAAAGUUCCGACAAGAUUUUGCGACCCAAUACUUGCUCAGACCUCAAAACGCCCGCCGGAAGCUGGAGCAGUGAUAAUUGUCAAUCGACUACAAAUGUGAAUUCCACUUGCGAAUUCGUCGCUGAUGUCAACAAUCCGGACAUCCGGUCUUCGCUGAUGUAUCGCCCGGAUUUGGAUCACAUGGAGAAGUUCUGUAUCAAGGAAAAUCACGACGACAGCGUGCCGAGCAAACUCAGUUAUCACUGCGGUCGUCUAAGCGCAUCCGAAGUCAUUUACAAGCACUCUGAUUUCAAUCCCGUAGUCCCGCCGGCUAACACUUCGGCCGACAUCACGUUCAACGUUAUCCAGAACCCGUUCAGCGGCUACCACGUCGUCCUGGAUAUGGCUUCAUUCAAAGACGCGAAAUCGUUUGAGACAGCCAGAUCGUCUCUGACGCAAUUCGUCAGCUUCUUUGCGGAUCCCAUUUGGCUGUCCAUCGACGUGUACAAUGGGUACAAUGUCACCGAGUUGCAACCGCCAAUUGUGCUGGACAGUCUCACCAAAAUGGAUUUGCUGUUCGAAAUCGAUAAUUUGGAACAUGUCACUGGCAGUCCCGACAAAUUUGGCGAUGCUCUGUCGAGAGCUCAAUCGAGAGCCUAUAGCGGGCAGGACGUCAUCAUUUUAACGGCCGUUCAGACUUUUUCAAGUCUGAGCACUUGGGUCAAGUCGUACGAAGAUAACAAAGUCAACGCCCAUCUCGUUCAUUUCGGAGUGUCAACGACCAAAGUGGAAAUCGCCCAGCUGACUCGUUAUGGCAGUUCGAAUUUCGUGCCGAAUGUCAUCAACAACCGCCAUACGAGCGCCUACUCAUGGGCGGUCAAUACCCUCCAGUCCGUUUACGGGAAAACGAGAACUCACCGAGCCAAAAUUUUUGAGCAGUCCGUCAUUCACAACUCGUCCUCCGACUUAAACAAGACGGGAACUUUUUACCUGGACAGCCCAGCGUCCAGGUUGCUGGUUUCCCUCUACUACCACGCCGAUAACAAUCCCAUCAACGUCAAAUCGUUCACCCUCAUCCAACCGAACGGACUACGGAACGACACAAUUGACUUCGCCAUUAUUAUCAAUGAUUUCUAUACAUUUACCUUGGAAUCUGCACUUGAACCACUUCCUCAGGGUCUGUGGCGUUUUGAAAUCAUUUUUCAAAGAAGUUCCAGUCUGACGGAUAAACGACUGGACAUCUGGGCCGAGUCUGCCAAUUCGUCUCAAAUCCAGCUGCGGACGUGGAACAGCGCCCUGGAUAACCAGCCGUUAGAUUUCACUAAGGCGCCGGUCGGCCUCUACGCCCAGCUGACGCAGGACAGUAAGCCAAUUCGAGGAGCCAAUGUCACGGCCUUCGUCUACGUCAGCGACAGUACCGGAUCGACUUCCAGUUUGCUGGCCGAAAUUCCUUUGAUGGACGAAGGAAUUUCAGAUGUGACGUCCGGUGAUGGAAUCUAUUCCGGUUUCAUGACCAAGCCGUCGAAUUCCUCUUUCUCCUAUUCCGUCUAUUACCGGGCUUACGGCGUCAACAGCCUGGCCGAGGUCGACAAAGGAGUGUACAGCCGACAACCGACGACCGGAAGUAUGAUCCCAAUGUCGGAUCCUGUUCCGGCCGCCAUCCAAUUCAACCGUUUCGAAUACGGGCCGAGCUUUCAAUUGACGUCUGUUUCAACCAACGGAGUCGACCUGAUCCCACCGCAGCGCAUCACCGAUCUGACCAUCCUCUCAUACGAUUCGUCCAGCAGGACGGCCGUCCUUGGAUGGACCGCCUCCAAAGACAAUUACGGAACGGGCGAUUACGUCACUCAUUACCGGCUGGAACGAUCCAUCGGCACACGAGAGACCGUAACGACGGACUAUCCAUCUCUGGCCAUAGUGGACGGAACAGUUAAUGUUACGGUCGAGGUGCCUUCCGUCAACGAGGGCGAGUACGUCAAGUACCGGGUACAAGGCCGGGACUCUUUGGUCAAUUACGGCGAAGUUUCCAACGUCGUCUCGUUGGCCGGCCCGGCUCCUCCUAGCGGCGGAUUAUCCACGGCUGGACUGUGGGCCAUCAUCGGCACUUUCAUCGCCCUGGUUGUCAUCAUCCUCAUCAUCGUCCUCAUCCGCUGUUGCUGCCCAGUCGAAGCCAAGCGCAGAAAGCGACAGGCCCAGCGCAAGAUGCGCAAUCUGUUCUCGUCCAACGACACGGCGACCAGACGGGCGGAAGACACGCCGGUCACCAGGUACCAAUCGCCGCCACCACCCGUCCAGUCGUGGACAUCGUCGGACAUGAAACGAGACGGAGGGGAUCCGCCGGCCGUCAGACGGAAAAGCGACUCGUCGUCUUCUUCCUCCGACAAAGUCCGCCCGCAACAACAGCCGCAAGUGGAAGUCCGGCAGAAAAAAGCCAAUCCGGCGCCGGGCUCCAUUCAAGGCUCGGAGCGCAUCUACUUCGGUCGAGAUGACAUUGAUAGAAUGACGACUGGCCAGCGCAGCGAAACUUAUUCCGAAAGAGGCACGGAUGAGAUGAUCAAACGGGCACCUUCGAUGGACUUACAACUGGCCACCAUUUUGAGAUUGAACAGCAGCAACAUGUCGAUCGAGCGGGCCGGACUGGAAGACAAUUACGACGAGUCGGAUGGGGCCCCAAAGCCGAGAGUUUACGAGCGGCCGUACAAGCCCAAUCCGGUGUCCAGCCGGCCGGUCAGCAGCCAAGUGACUAGCAAAGGCUUCUCGUACAUCCACGGCCCGAACAACAAGCCUCUGUCGCAGUCCGAAACCAAUUUGUACUACACCGACGUGACCCUCCGUCCGCCGGUAGGCCCGUCCACCAAAUCGUCGCCCACCAAUUCCUACCUGUCCGUCUUCGCCGAGCAGAGGGCCGAUGGGGUCCAUCAGCCGUCGUCUGCCCAGUCCAGUCUGGCCAGCACCCUGCGAGCCGGCCUGAGAGUCAACGAAGAGUGGCGGGAUUCCAACAAUAUCAUCUACACCGAUCCUCGUUUCGACGGUCAAUCCAACGGUCAGAGCAGCUUUGACCCCCAGUUGCAUCCGGCCAACCAAAUCGGUCUUCCGCCAGCUUUGCCAACUGUGCCGCCACCUAAUUUCCCUCGAAUGUACAACUCGGAUGCUGGAUAUGCGGAUGACCACCGUUCCAGCCACAUGUCAAUGGAUCAGUACGGAGUCGAUCCGCAGAGAAUGAGCAGGUCUUCCAGCAAACCGUCUUUGGUUUCGGCCGUUUAAACCUUUUGAUUCAAUUCUGAACAAUAAUUAAUUUCAAUGUUUUAAUUUCAAACCCAAAGUAUAAAUACCCCAA